CUGUUCUUCUUGACCGUUACCACAGAGCCGGCCGAUAUCAUUGGGAUUCCGUACAUAGAGUGAUUACAGCCCUGGACCAAAGUUACCAAGUAAUCUCCGCGUAUUUACGUUUGCCAGAACUACCAACCAAUCUCCGUAGAUAUACAAUCGCCACACUUUGACCCCUACCACACCCUGUGCCCUUUCUUUUCACAGAUAUCCCUACCCCCCACUCCGCCAGCAUCUAAAACGUAUCGGCCUUCCUACCAUCCUCUCAACGUUUCAUGUCCUUUAGAAGCAAUUCCCCCAGCCCGAUGGCAAGCUUCCGCGACACACACAUCGUAAGGUCGGGGUCCGACGCCUCAGCCACGCGCCCGAGUAACCUCGAGAUGAAGAAAGCACUAUCGCGUCACUUGGUCAGCGACACGGACUCCAUCACUUUGCAGGGCGGUGAUACCACCCGAACCUUGUACACCCUGUUCAACAACAUCGCGGAGCCACCGGUCAGACCCAGAUCGAACUCCACGUCAAACUACUGGGACUCGCGCAGACCGUCAACGGCCAGCGAAAUGUUGCAGCCGAACGGAUUCCGGCGCGAGUUUUUGGCGGCCAAGGCGUCCCAGGAGAACCGCCAAGUCAACUUCCUCACCCAGGACUUUUUUGAGUUCUUGACGUUGUACGGGCACUUUGCGGGCGAGGACUUGGAGGAGGACGGCGAAUCGGCAAUAUCCGGCGAAAACUCUCCGCUCCUUUCGCACCCAAAGCCACUGUCCCACAAAUCCUCCAACCUCAAGACGUCGCUCCUUCUCUUCAAGUCGCUCGUGGGCAGCGGCGUUUUGUUCCUUCCCAAGGCAUUUUCCAACGGUGGUCUUUUGUUUUCCACCGUCACGCUCUUUGCGUUCGGCGUAGUCACCUUCUUCUGCUACUACAUCCUUGUCAAGGUGAAGAUCAACUCCAGACAGAGGUCGUUUGGGGACUUGGGCUCGCACAUGUUCGGCAACUGGUUUCGCUAUCUCAUCUUGUUCUCCAUCAUUUCCGCCCAGAUCGGCUUCGUGGGCACGUACUUUGCCUUUACCGCAUCCAACAUGGUCUCGUUCUGCCGAAAUGUCUUGGACUGGGAGACUUCCAUAAUGCAGUGGAUGGUGUACUUCUGUGCGGGGCUUAUUCCGCUCUCGCUUUUGCGUGACAUCACCAAGCUCUCCGUCCCAUCGCUCUUCUCCUCCCUCUUUAUCGCCAUCGGGCUCGUUAUCAUCUUGCACAACACCUCUGAGAAGUUGUUGAAAGACGGCAUCAGCGACUCCAUCACUUUGUUCAACUCCCUGACGUGGUCCAUGUUUAUCGGCGUCGCUUCUUUGUCUUACGAAGGGGCCUCCUUGAUGAUCCCCAUCCAGCAGUCGAUGGAAAAACCGCACCAGUUCACCCAAGUGCUCUUCUUCACCAUGAUGGCCAUCACGAUGUUGUUCAUGUACAUCGGUUUCUCCGGCUACGGUGCCUACGGUGCCGAUACCAAAACCAUCAUUAUCUUGAACUUGCCCCAGGACGAGCUUUCAGUGCAAUGUAUCCAGGUCUUUUACGCGAUUGCCGUCUUCCUCACGGCGCCAUUGCAGUUAUUCCCUGUGUUGCGUAUUUUAGAAACUCGCCUCUUUGCCCGGUCAGGAAAACACGACUGGCAGGUUAAGUGGACAAAGAAUGUGCUCAGAACGCUUGUCUGUGUGCUCGUGGCGAUUCUCAGCUACAUCGGGUCCAGCAAUUUGGACCGGUUUGCAUCCAUCAUCGGUGUUGCUUGUUGUAUUCCGAUGGUUUACAUGUACCCGCCGGCGUUGUACUUGAAGAAUGUGUACGAUGAUCCAGCGGUGCGCGCGAAAGAGAAGACGGUUGUUGUAGCCGGAAGUGUCGUGACGUUUGUCUUGGGGACCGCUGUGUUCCUUUAUUCGCUCGGGGAUCUCUUGUAGAUAUGGCCGAUUGAAGACGCCAGUGUAUUUCUAUUUAAUGUAUUAAUAUUUAUUCACCA